AUGGAUGGAGCCUUCGGUUCUCGUUCCUACUUUAAACCCGCAGACUACAUCGUCUGUGGGGUGAUGAUUCUGGCGUCCGUAGCCAUCGGUCUGUACUACGGAUUGAAAGGAGGCGGUCAGCGUACCUCCGCUUCAUACAUUCUAGCCGAUCGCAGCAUGACAUUAGUUCCCGUCACUCUCUCCCUUCUUGCUAGUUUCUUCUCAGGAAUCUCCCUGCAAGGCUACCCAGCUGAUGUCUAUUACCACGGCCCGACUGUCUUCUGGAUGGCUGUCCCCUUCCUCCUGGGGGGCGUUCUGUGUUGGAAAUUCUUCCUACCAAUGUUCUACAGACUUGGUAUGGCUUCAGCUUACGAGUACCUGGAACUACGUUUCAACCACGCGGUCAAGAUAUGUGGCGUGAUGUCCUUCCUGAUUUUCUCCGUGCUUUACUCUGGUGUGGUCGCCUUUACCGCUUGUGUAGCCUUGACUGCAGUGACUGGUAUCAACGUGGAAGUUGCCAUCGUUGGUCUGUGCGUUGUCUGUGCCAUCUACACCGUUAUCGGAGGAAUCAAGGCAGUUUUGUGGACUGACAGUCUUCAGAUGCUUCUGAUGCUAACAACGACCAUCGCUAUAAUCGCCAAAUGCUCCAUGACACUUGGCAUCGGGAACGUAUGGCAGAUAGCUUCCACGGGAUCCAGAACCAAUUUCUUUUACUUCAACUCCGAUUUGACGGACUUUUACAACGGGUGGAGUUUCAUCGGACAGACGAUGUUCUUAGGGGUUGUUAUCACCAAUCAGUACAUGGUGCAGAGACUGGUCAUCUGCAAAUCAGAGGCGGUGGCCAGAGCAUCCUUUAUUUGCUAUUCGUUUGGAGUCAUAAUUUUCCAAAGUCUUCUGUUUUUGGUGGGGAUCAGCAUUUAUGCAUAUUACGAGGGAUGCGACCCUAGCACCAUGGGGUACAUGACUAAAAAUGAUCAGAUUGUACCGUAUUUCAUCGUGGACGUGUUCAGUGACUUGCCUGGAAUUCCAGGCUUGUUGCUGACAGGAUUGUUCGGCGCUGCGUUGAGUACACUGUCGUCUGUCUUCAACGCAUCUGCCACCCUUGUCGGUGAACAUUUCGUGAAGCCAUAUUGGAAGGACCUCAAAGACAAGGGCUACACUGUGGCUCUCAAAGUAAUCGCUGUUUUUGCGUCUGCUGCAGCACUCGGCAUGGCAUUCCUAAUUCCGGUUGUCGGUGAUGCAAUACCGGUGGUGCUCACUUUUGCUGGGUGCAGUACAGCAGGCUGCUUUGCGCUGUUCAUCAUCGGCGUCUUCUGUCCUUUCUGUGGAUCCAAGAGUGUUGUAACUGGCUUCGUGGUCGGAUUGAUCGUGGCAGUGACAAUGUCAGUGGGUUGUAUCAUCCACCAAGUCAAACCGGACAACCUGCCACUAUCAGCAGAGAUGUGUCUGAAUGAGACUUACAUGGACAUGAACGACACUCUGGUGACAGCUACAUCCUUAGCUACACAGCUGCCGUUGGUGACAACCCUCAAUCUUACAUCACAGAUAAUGAUGACGGAAAGUAACACAAACAGAUCUGAGGGUCCGGUGAUAUUUUCUUUGGCCAAGUCCUGGUUGUCUCUGUUAACAUUUCUGACAACCAUUCUAGCGACAUUAUGUGCUACUUUGGUCACAGGAACAAACGACACCUCCAGUAUGGAUCCCCGUUUGGUUAUUUGGAAGAUCAAGACUUCGUUUGUUCCCAGUGAGAAACCUCAGAUCCGCGGAAUUGGGGAGUAUUCUCCCCUAUCAGACAUGGAAUGUGAGGGUCUCAACAACAAAGACGUCUCUAACGGGAAAUGUGAGAACGAUUCAACCGAAGCCAUUGCCAUUCGUGGGAACGAAUCGACCGUAGAAUUCGUAACUGCCAUGUGA